UUUGUUCAUCAAUCGAAAGGGAAAAAUCUUGCUGAUCAAAAAGUGAAAUAUUUUAUGUUUAAAUAUUGAAAUUUACCACUUCAACCAAUUUCAUGCUGUUUGCUGUGGACUGUCGUUUACGCUGAUGCCACGAAACUAUCGAAUCGGUCAAUGAAAGUUGGAAAACGGAAGUUUUUCAGGUAUCAUUCUGUUCGAAGGAAGUGAUAAGUGCAAAAAUUUUCAUUAGUCCAAAGUUUUUUUUUGUUCUCUGGAGUGAAAACGAUUUCUGCAGAACUAUUUUGUAUUCGUGUUAUAUUUCAACAUACGGGGCAGAAUGUGGUCAUUUUUCUCCCGCGACUCGACGAAGGAUUUUCCGUACGAGAUCGGAGAACCGAUCCAGCAGUUUGAUUCCCGUAGCAUCUGGUCAUUGCACAAGGGCAAACGGAAGGGUUCCAGCGGGGAGGAGGUGUCGGUGUUUGUGUACGACAUCAAGAAUGGGUCAGAUGUGAAGUUGGAUCUGGCCAAGGCUGCCAUUAAAAGGCUGAAAACGCUGCGCCAUCCCAGCGUGUUACAGUUUCUGGACAGUCUGGAAACGGACAAAGUGCUGUACGUGGCAACAGAGUUAGUGGAACCACUUGGGGUUUAUUCAGAACGGCAGCUCGCUAACGAAGGGCCCCAGCGGGAUUUGUAUUUGGCGUGGGGAGUUUUCCAGAUUACCCGAGCACUCUCAUUCCUGAUCAAUGACGGUAACUUACGUCACAACAACGUUUCGGCUUGGUCGGUCUUCGUCAACGCCAGUGGCGAAUGGAAACUCGGUGGGCUGGAGUACGUCUCCUCUGCGGAACAAUCCCUGGCUCCCCCGGUUAAAAUACCACCGGCGCUGGAAAUCUACGAUCCCCCGGAGAAGAACGAUGCCGGCAAGCUGAGCAUGGCCACCAAAUGUUCAGCCGAUAUGUGGGGUUUGGGUUGCCUCGUUUGGGAAUCGUUCAAUGGGCCGCUUCGAUCGCGCGCCAAUCUGAAGGAUCUGGCUAGCAUACCGAAAUCGUUGACCCCGUUGUACUGCGAGCUGGUGGGAGCGUCCCCGGCGAAUCGACCCAAUCCUGCCGACGUGAUAACCAAAUGUCGGAAACCGGGAGGAUUUUUCAAAAACGAUCUAGUAGAUACGUUGCUGUUUUUGGAAGAGAUCCAAAUCAAGGAUAAGGCUGAAAAAAAUCGAUUCUUCAGUGGAUUAACACCGCAGUUGGAUAAUUUCCCGGAUAAUGUAUGCAAGAACAAAAUUCUUCCACAACUUAUUACGGCCUACGAAUACGGAGAUGCGGGUUCUGCUGUGCUUGCUCCUAUGUUUAAGCUGGGUCGAUUGCUCGAUGAAGUCGAGUACCAAAAGCGGAUAGUUCCGUGCGUAGUGAAGCUGUUUGCCUCCACGGAUCGUGUUACGCGAUCCCGGCUACUGCAACAGCUAGAAUUGUUUAUCAAUCACCUCCAGACUGGAGUUAUCAACGAUCAGAUAUUUCCACAGGUGGCCCACGGCUUUCUGGACACGAAUCCAACGAUUAGGGAACAAACCGUUAAAUCAAUCAUACACCUAGCGCCAAAGUUGAAUUACAAUAACUUAAAUGUUGAAGUUUUGAGACAUUUUGCACGACUACAAUCACGGGAUGAUCAAGGUGGAAUCCGAACGAAUACCACCGUGUGCUUAGGAAAAAUUGCCCCCCAUUUGCAUCCACAGGUUCGGCAAAGGGUUCUAGUAUCGGCAUUCAUACGCGCUAUGCGAGACCCAUUUCCACCUGCCCGGGUAGCUGGGAUUUUGGCGCUCGCUGCCACGCAACAGUAUUUCCUGCUGGCCGAGGUGGCUAAUCGCAUUCUGCCAUCGCUGUGUCCGUUGACGGCGGAUCCGGAGAAAACGGUACGAGAUCCGGCCUUCAAAACCAUUCGUGGCUUCCUCGGAAAGCUGGAAAAGGUUAGCGAGGACCCGAGCCUGCGCGAAAGCAUGGAGGCCGACGUUCACACGGCAACGCCUUCCCUGGGCAAUGCAGCGGCCACGUGGGCCGGAUGGGCGGUCACGGCCGUCACCGCUAAGUUUUAUCGUAGCCAAAGUGACACCGCGAGACCACGCCCGCCAUUAACUGGUAAAAAUUUGAGUAAACCUGCUUCGCUGGAGCAACCUUCAUCCAGUAGCAUUUCGACAACGACCAGUAGCGUGACUUCGAUGACUUCAUUGGAACACGAAAGUGCGGACACAUCUGCUUCGGCCAGCGAUUACGGACCGGAUAACUGGGACCAAGAAAACUGGGGUGAAAUGGAUACUUCACAAGACCCCAGCAGUCCGAUGGCUGGUACAUCUAAUCCGCUAACGGCUAGCCUAAAUAUGGCCAGUAGUAUGCACGAUGCUCGUGAUGGCUGGGACAAUGAAGAUUGGGGAAGCUUGGAAGAGGAACCGAACGAAGACCUUGACGAAAAGGAAGAGGAUGAGAUGCACCGAAAGCAGUCGCUGCAGCACAAUCGGCUAACGAAUGCGUCAUCAUCCGCAUCGACUACCAACAACAGCUCAAGUCACAACGCUGGCGGCUCGACAUCGGCCGCUUCGUCGAGUAACAACGCAAACAACAAUGCUAUCUCCAAUCAUCAUCCUCCCCAGCCGCAGCAUCAGCCUCAGUCUCAGCAGCAACAUCACCACAACACCAGCAGCCCCAGCAAGAUGCUGGCCCUGAAAAAUAUGACCAACAUUAUGAACAGUUCAACCAACAACAGCAACUCGAAUUGGGGCACCUCAUGCGAUGGAUGGAACGAUGGGGAGUUUGAAUCUAUCGAAGAACCAAGCACAGGUAACUCCAAAAUGGACGAAGCCCGGCGGAAGCGCGAAGAGAAGAAGAUGCAGCGGCAACGGGAGCUGGAGGCUCGGAGGGCGGCCAGGACCACCGGGGCCGGCGCCGGAGGUUCCAGCUGCAGCGGUCCGAUGAAGUUGGGUGCCAAAAAGAUCCAGCUCGAUUGAGUAAGCGAAUCAUCCGACGGUGGUGACGAUGACCCCCAGCAUCCUCCCGAGGGUUGAGGUCGAGAAAGCGCGCUCCUUAUCGAAGAUACAUAUUUGACUAAUGGUGCUGAUGACUGGGAAAACUUUUGAGAAGCGUAUUUAGGAAGUCUGCUACUUAUUGUGUAGUGAUUAUGGAGGAAACCAUUUGGACAAUGAUAUUAAUGUAUGGGCAAGACAGAGAUGGCAAUGGAGUUUUCAAGAGGAAAUAUGCAGAUAAAACUUGCAAUUUAGUCCUACGUGCUGAAAAACCAUCAUCGGAGAUUUGCCUUUUCCAGACGAAUUGGAAAACCUACUACAACUUGACUUUGAAUCUUUUGACUCGGAAUAUGUAGAACAUUCCAUCUUAAUUAGAACCAAGUUUGAAUGGAAGGAAGGAAAAACUGGAAUUAGCCGAAAAAAGAAGGGAAACCAUUGUAUAGAUUGACACAGGGUUUGAGACGAGUAAGAUUUUUUGCUCCUUUUGAAGGACAUUGUCAUUAUCUUAUAUAUUAGCUUUAAAUAGUGAAUUAUACGAAUUUAGAGACUUUUUUCCAAAAUAAUAAAAAAAAACAAGCAAAGUAAAAUAAAUCGUAUAGAAGCCAACGACAGAUGACUUCUUAUGCACGGGAUGCAUCACAAAUUUGGAAUCUUUGGAACGAAUCGAAAACAACAUUUUUUAAACGAAAGUGUUUAUCGGUAAAAAUCGUAUAGAACAAAAAUCGUGCUUACCCAACUAUUGGCGCUAUUUACAAGAAGAAGACGAUGAAACAAUGAAGGGUCUGAGUUGUAUGUCGAGAAAAAGAAAAUUAUAAUCAUACGAGAAAACGGCAAGUAAACUGCAAAAAAGAAAGAAACAAUUAAGAAAAAAAAUCUCUAGUUAGGCAUCAAUCUUUAUUAUUACUGAGAUAGAUAGUGAGAGUAAUUUAUCGAAACUAAGAAAGUAAAAAAAAUGCACCUUAAUAGAGUUUAAAGUCACACACUCACACCUCCUUAAUUCAGCAUUCAUAUUCUAUAGUAAGCGAUUUAAGGUGAUGUAUAAGUAAAAAAAGAGAAACAGAGAAACAUAUUGAACCCCACGGAAAAUGCAUAAGAACUAAAAAAAACGGAAUAAGUAGAGAGACAGCAAACGAAAGUAGCGCGAAGUAAAAUUUUAAUUUAAGUGCCGUUACCAUACUGUAUAAAAUAUAUGUUUUAAUGGAUUCAAACGUUUAAUUUUUUACCUAGGAUUUUCUCCAAUCUUGAGUAAAAUUAUCUCAACACUUUCCAACUCUCAUUAUUCUGAUAAAAAAAAAACGAUACAAAUUUCAAAGUUUAUGCUGAGCAUAACUAAAACCAAUUCAACUUGAUUGUUCUUAAAUGUGAACUAACAAGCUUUCAAUUAUGAUGGUGAUAUGGGUUUUUUUUUGUUUUGUGUCCGAUGUACCCGAUAUUAUUUCGAACAAACUUAUCGGAUUUUUUAAAUAUUUAAUCUUUAUUAACCUUAAAACUUGCUGGUUGCUUGCUGGAUUAUAAAUACUGCAAGCCUGUCUAGGGCUUAUUAAGACAUUUAAUUUUCGCGUACGAAAAAAAAGAAAAUCCCAGAACGCAUGUCAGCCAUAAACACCUAAAUCCAUAGGCAAAAAAGAUAUCCAAACUUACUAGAGAAUUCUCAAAAAAAAGCAAAUAUCUAUAGAAGGUUCAGAAGCACUCCUUCGAACCGAGAGAAAGACAGACAGAAAGAAAGAGAGAGAGAGUCAUUUCCUGUAUGCAUGUCGUGUGAAGUUUCCCGUUGUGAUACUUCAGUCAGUUCAAAUCUAUUUGUAGACUUAUGAAAAGAUAAAAAAAAACUAAACUGUAACUUCACAAAUCCUCAGAGGUAUUUCAAUAGUACGUAAGUCCUCUGACCCAUAACGUAUAUGGGUGAUCUGGCGGAUGCUGUGAAGUUCACAGUUAAGUAACCGUAACGUGAAACAAGAACAGCAAAAAACAUUGUGAACCAAAAACUAAGUAAACAAAAGAAGAACAAAGUAAAAAAAAAUCAUCAGAGUAAAUUUGUAUUUUAUCAUUACGUGAUGCAUUACAGACCGUUUUUAGUUUCUCUCUGUGGAAGGGAAGGCGGCCCAACGUUGUCUAUAGUCUCCUGGAAAUAAAGAUUAAACUAAAUAAAAAAAACCAACACCG